AUGGCUGAGAGCAAUUGAAACAUGCUACAGAUUGAGCAGUGUGCAGUAGCAAACAGAUUACCCAGAAACAGGCCCUACAUUUGCAAUAUUUGCUUCAAGCACUUUGAAACACCAUCAAAGUUAGCUAGGCAUUAUCUCAUUCAUACUGGCCAAAAGCCGUUUGAAUGUGACGUGUGUCAUAAAACCUUUAGACAACUAGUUCAUCUGGAGAGGCAUCAAUUAACUCAUAAUCUACCUUUUAAAUGUAGCAUUUGUCAACGCCACUUUAAAAAUUUGAAGAUGUUUGUGAAACACCAACAACUUCACAGUGAUACCUAUCAGAAUGAUGUUAAACAGGUCAGAAGAUUGCUGGAGGCCAAGCAAGAAAACCCAGUGUAUGGAGUGUAUAAUAUCACCACAGAGGAGAGAUGGGCCUUACCCCCAUGCUCUAACUCUGAUCCCACAGACAGCACUGCAAAGAGAAGAAAGAACAUUCAUGCGUGUGCAAUCUGUGGCAAAAUGUUUCCAUCACAGUCAAAACUUGAUAGGCACACACUUAUUCACACUGGUCAGAGGCCUUUUAAGUGUGUCCUGUGCAGUAAAUCUUUCCGACAGGCAACUCACUUAAAAAUCCACCAGCUCACACAUACAGAGGAAAGACCUUUUCAAUGUUGUUUUUGUCAAAAAAGAUUUAAGAUUCAAAGCAAACUUCUGAAGCAUAAACAAAUCCAUACCAGGAGUAAGACCUUUCAGGCUCUUUCAUUAAAGCUGAAGAAUCCAGAAUCAUGCCUCCUGCCUAAUAAAUUAAAUGCAAAGCAGGAAGGUUUCGAACAUGGUGAUAUGGGUGAAUCUGAGGAGAGUAAUCCACCUGAUGUCCACUCUAUUUACAUCGUCCCCUUUCAGUGUUCAGAGUGUGAAGAGUGUUUUGAAUCAGAGCAGAUUCUCAAUGAACACAAGUGUUUUCCUGCCAGAGGUGGCAAAAUUCCAAGCAGGCUGAAAAGAAGCUACAACUAUAAAACCAUUGUUAAAAAAAUCUUGGCCAAGUUUAAACGUGCUGGGGGUAAAAAAAUACAUAACUUUCGAUCAGUGAAAAAAGCAUAUAAAAACAGGUUCUUGAAAAAUUGUGGUCGUGUUUCUGGUGAGCAGAACUCUGAACAAACUAGGAGAACAUUCAUGGGUUCUCUUGGCAAACAUGGAACCUAUAAGACAGUUGGCAAUAAAAGAAAGAAGAGACUGACUCUACCAUUUUCUUGGCAAAAGCAAUUCCAGAGGCAGAACGUGGGGAAAAGCCUGAAAGGGCUCCUUACUGCAGAAAGCAUAUUACCAGUAGAUGGCUCUGUGAAUAGCAAAGACUUGCCAGUCUGUGCUUCGUCGGGAGAGGAGUUCUUUGAUGACUGUGAUCUGCUUCAUUGUGGGUUUCCAGUUCCAAGUGAAAGCCUUGCUAGAAAUAAGAUUUGCCCCUGUGAUAGAUGUGAGAAAGUGUUCCCUUCAAUAUCCAAACUGCAAAGACACUAUUUAAUUCACACUGGACAGAGGCCUUUUGGCUGUAAUGUUUGUGGGAAAUCGUUUAGACAGUCCGCUCACUUAAAAAGACAUCAAGUAACGCAUACUGAAAAGAGUCCCUAUAGAAGAUCUUUUUUCCAGGAUUUUGAAAAUGUGGACCAAUUCUUCACUCAUCCAAGUGAUGAUAACUAUAAUGGUUCCCAACAAUGUCAGGCUCUUGGUUUUCAAAAAUAUGAAGUUUCAGAGUCAGAUCAAAUAUCAGGGAUGGAAGUUAAGGCAGAAUCCCAGGAUUUCAUUCUUGGUACCUAUGAUAGAAAUAGGCAGCCCUAUCUCUCUAAUGCACUUUUGGAAUCAGGGCAGAGUCAUUGUUAUGGUUAUGCAGGGUAUCCUGAGAGAAAUGAUGGCCUUCUUUACCAAUGCAGUGUGUGUUGUAAAAGUUUCCGAUCCCCAUCAAAGCUGGAAAGACACUAUCUAAUUCAUGCAGGGCAGAAACCAUUUGAAUGCUCAGUUUGUGGCAAAACAUUCAGACAGGCACCGCAUUGGAAGAGACAUCAGCUUACUCACUUUAAAGACCGAUCACAAGUGAAAGUAGUAGUCUCUGACUCAGUUAUGUAACUGGGCACCAACAUUUGUGAUCUCUACUGAUUGUGUAUUUUGUCAGAAGUUGAGUGGGUUUGUAGGCACAUGCUUAUCCCACAUGAGUAAGAUCAGAGAAAAUACAGUGUGGAGGGAAAUGUAAAUCCAUGGUGUGGUACAAACAGCUCGGCCUCAUCCAUUGAACUAGUCCUCUUUUAGAUUGUAGCUGCGGCAAGUAUCCCCACUGUAUUUGUUUUACGUAAUUGUUACCUAUGACUCAGAUUUUGUUAAACAAACUUUUCUUGCAAGAGAAAAUUACAGAGCUAGUAAGUGUGAAAAUGGGUAGAAAAAUUAUAUUUGCUCGUCUUCUCAAAGCUGUUCUUGGAACUCUGGUAAUUUUGCCUCUUUUCCCUUAGGUAAUGAUUUUUCUUUUUUUUUUUUUAAAUCCGGGCUGCUGUCUGUCGUCUUCCCUAAAAGAACUUAGAAGUAGAAGAGAAGCUAGGUUGCAUCUAUGUACGUGUUAACUUACCAGGACUAUUUUCCAAGUGCCAUUAUCAUUUUGAUAGUGUAUAAUUUUGCCUUUUCAGAGCAAUAAAUGCAGGUCAUCUAUUUGCUUGUUAGUGGUUGACAGCAGUAGUCAUAGGUAAGACUCACCUAGAGAACUGCAUUUCCAGAAAGACUUUACUUAAGUAAAACUUUGUUUUACUGCCUCUUUAGUUGAGUGGUUCUAUAACAACUACCAAGUUUGCUCAAAUGGCAUGACUAUAUCUAGUUUUAGUUUUCCUCUGUGUUUUUGCAAGACACUAAUAGUAAAAAGUGUUACUUUGGUCCUUACUACAUUUUUAUUUUAAAUAAUAAGGUAGUCAUUCCUAUAGGAAUUGGAUGCUUGUAGGGUUAAGGUACCAUUUUUUUUCUGAACAAUUGUAGUAAUCACAAAAUGUCCUUUAUAUUUGCCAUAGUUUAUGAAAUCUUUUAAGGAUGACAUUUACUAGCAAUAAAAAAAAACAUUGUGUUUCAAAAGUGAAGUGGAGGUGGGUAUUUUAUGUUAGCACACAUGAAUAUAGUGAAAAGUCCUCUAUUGAAAAUACGGAUAAUUGUAAGUCCUUCAUUGUGUUCUAAGAGCUGUUUUUUUGUGAGGGAAUGUGAUGGGAUGGGUUUGGUUUGCUUGCUUUUUUUACCCCAAGUGAAUUUUAAGUAAGUUGGAUUUAACUUACAGAGUUGACAAUAUGAGUAAAAUACCCCAGUGAUGUACCUGGUUAAGGAGAAACAUCCAGCUACAGCAGAGGAAAAUCUCUUAGGUUUCCUUGAGAUACGUUUCUCCAGUGCAAGCAAGAUAUGGUUUACAGAAUUGGCUUUAUACAAAACUUUUCCAGAACACAUACGUUAUAUCAAAGCAAGGAGUCCCUAGUUCAUAUUCUCUAAGAAUAGAAGUUCAUAAUUUCAUAGAUCUGGAAUUAUGGAUUUGGGGCAUUUCCCUAAGCUGUUUAUGUAAUUUUAUUCAAAGGAAAUGUCUUACACAGUCCUUUCCCAACCUGAAUAGGGAGAGGUCCAAGGGUUGUGCUUGUAUGACUAUGAGGUUUUGUUUGCGUAAGUGAUAUACUUUUCUUUGAUCCAUGCCUUUUUUAACUGUUUCAUAUUGAAAGUUGGGAUAUUGUAAAAAUUUUGUCAGAGAUGUUCUGUAGUGCUAUUUGAAGUACCUGUAACAAAGUACUUAUUUUCCUUCAUUAUCAUUGCAAGCUUCUUAAUGGAAACUUUACAGGAAUGAGAAGAAAGUAUACAUCCAUGUUGAGAAGAUUAGGCAGAUGUUAAAUGGCGGAUUGCUGCAUGCUAAAACUGUGGGCACUCUUGAAUUAAUUACUUUGGAAUUUGGAAGAAAUACAUAAUUUUGCAGAGGGCUAGAUUUCUUUUGUUUGGGUGAUUCCAGGCUUUUGCAUGAUUCUUUACUGAAGGAGUUUGAUUAGCUGAGUUAGUAGAAUUAUUAUUGUUGAUUUGUAUUGCAAAUGUAUGUGUUGAUGGGAUGUAGAUGGUGAUAAAAAUUCUUGAAAAAUAAAAUUUCAGAAUAUUUUAAAAAUAA